CCGCGAGAUGACGAUACCUUUCGGACGUCCCUGCGCACGCUCAGCAAGCUAUGCGGGCAACACAAACUCUUACCCACGAGCUACACGUUAUCAGGACUCGUGAAAGUCAACGAACAUCCGCAUAGCGCUGGUGGAUUCGCAGAUGUAUUCCGGGGAACUCACGACGGUACACCUGUUGCCAUGAAAGUGAUUCGACUGCACGCGGGAGAUCGUGAAACGUAUAUGAAGGUGUUCUGCAAAGAGGCGAUCGUCUGGAAACGACUGGAUCAUCCGAACGUCGUUCCCUUCCUCGGUGUUGCGCCAGGGUAUCAAGCAUGCAUCGUCUCCGAAUGGAUGGACCACGGCGAUGUCAUGUCAUAUCUCGAACAGCACCCGCGUGCCGAUCGCAUCACGGGCAUCGCUUCUGGCUUGGAGUACAUGCACGCGAGCGGUAUCGUGCAUGGGGAUAUCAAAGGCCGCAACGUCCUGGUGGACAGAUCCGGGCAUGCGCGUCUUGGUGAUUUUGGUCUUUCCACGACGGUUCUUGGUACCACCUCUUUAGCAGCGACAGCCGGAUCGUCCGCAAACUGGGGCUCCUUCCGUUACAUGGCUCCCGAGUUGAACGAUGGCAUGGCCAAGGAUAAGAUCUUGACUUCGAAAUCCGACGUAUACGCGUUUGGAAUGACCACCUGGGAGGUGAGGCGCAGUCCGACGUGGCCGAUUCACGUCGACUGA